CUAUGAAAUCAGUUUUACGAAAAGUUUUAAGCAACACACUUACCUACCGCAAUGGAGGGGUAUCGGACAAUUGUGGCUCUUCUUGGUGCAACUCUAUUGUGGAUGAUAUGCAGUUCGAAUGCCUUACUCUGCUAUACCUGCAGUUACACAUGGGGAAGUCCGGAUGACUCAUGUAUCGUUAAACCGAAACUCCAAACUAAUUGUACCAAGAAAUACUGCACGAUAGUGCGCCAGGAAUUGGUGCACGAGCAUGGAAAGGUUGCAACAUUCCUACGUGGCUGUGAGGAUAAACUCGAUGAAUAUAACUCUGUGGUAACUGAUUCGACAUACAAAACCUAUUAUCGUUCCUGCAUUUCGGAGUUAUGCAAUGAUUCGGAUGGCAAGCAGCCUAUUGCGAGUGGCGAUCCUAAUGUUGGUGCUGCUUCCAAUAUGAUUAUUAAAGGGAAGCCUAGGAAUUAGCAACAACAAAUCACCUGCUGGCGAGGAAUAUGCCAUUGUAUCGCUUGAUGCUUAUUGACAAAAAAUUAUUUUAUACUUCAAAUAUAUCAACAAACGUUAAAACACAAAACUUAGCUCAGAAAAAAAAGAUUUGAAUGGGAUGUUAAUCUGGUUUUAAAGGCUUUGAUAUCCAGACGAUAAUUAACAAGCAAAAAUGCGUUCAG